GAGCAGUUUGAGCAACUGUGCCAGGAAAGUGCCAAGCAGUCGACUAACAAAGCAGAGAAAAUAAAGAUGCUCAAGCCGGUUUCGGGAAAGCUGCGUCCCCAGUGGGAGAUGGGGCUCAAGCAGUCCAAAGACGCCCUCUCCAUGGGCCUGGAGGAAAGGAAAGCGAAGUACACUUUCAUUUACAUCCGGGGCAGGCCGGUCCUCAACCCCCAGGUGGCGAAGGAAGCCGGACUGGCGGUGAAGUCGUUGGAAGAGAUGGAUAAGAUUUACUCGGACGAAGACCUUUCGCAGAGUCUGAAGUCCAGCAAAGAAUACGACGUCCCGGCCAAAAGGGGGAGAAGGACCAAGGCGCUUUGCACGAGGGAAUCGGACGACUUCGCCCACAAGGCCGUCCCGAGCACCCCUCCCGAAAGGAACCCGGAGGAGAGAGGCGCGGGGGGCUCCCCUUUCGGGAGGAAGAAAGUGAUUCCCUACGCUCCCCGGAACCGGAAAAGCGACGGAGUCCCUCAGUUCCUGGUCUUUUGCCAGAAGCACCGAGAUGAGGUGGUGGCUGAGCAUCCUGACGCUUCCUGCGACGAAAUCGAGGAGCUGCUGGAGUCACAGUGGAACAUGCUUAGUGAAAAACAGAAAACACGCUAUAACACAAAAUUUGCCCUAGUGACCUCUCCCAAAUGUGAAGAAGACACUGGUUCAGCCCAGCGGAGUUUGACCAAGGCCAAACCUAAAGCCUUUCAAGGAUCACGUAAAAGAAGACCAAGAUCCAGAAGUAACUUAUAUGGAAAUAAAAGGAAACCUGUAAAGAGGACAAGGAAACCCACGGAAGAUUUUGAAGGUCAAGAAGCCCCCAGGAAAAGGCUGAGGAUGAUGGAUAAGAAGAAGGAUCAGAAGAAGGAGAGGAUCAGUGACAAAGCCGCGAAAACAAACUCUGCCAAAGUCACAGAGACCUCACAAAAGAAGCAGUCAGAUUUCAGAUGGCCCAGGAGACGAAAGAUCGGAGUCUCCCUACGAAAGCGCCGACGAGGGACUUGGAGAGGCCUCCCAGCUGUCCAAGAAGUCCGACCGGGGGGCCACAGCCAGGAAGGAGUUUGUCUGUCAGGUCUGUGAGAAGCCCGGGGAAGUGAUGCUGUGUGAGGGACGCUGUCUUGGGGCCUUCCAUGCCAGCUGCAGCGGCCUCUCCGGGAGGCCCAAAGGACGCUUCGUGUGCGGCGAGUGCACCUCAGGGAUCCACACGUGUUUCGUGUGCAAGGAGAAGCAAUUGGAAGUUAAGCGCUGCAUCGUCUCUCACUGCGGGAAGUUUUACCACGAAGCCUGUGUGAAAAAAUUCCCCCUCACCAUGGUGGAAAACCGAGGCUUUCGGUGCCCCCUGCACAGCUGCGAGAGUUGCCACGUGGCGAAUCCUUCCAACCCCAAAGUAUCUAAAGGCAAAAUGAUACGCUGCGUUCGCUGUCCGGUGGCUUACCACGCAGGGGACAGUUGUGUGGCGGCUGGUUGUGCCAUGCUUUCCUCCAGCAGCAUUGUGUGUACCAACCAUUUCACUGCCACCAAAGGGAAAAGCCACCAUGCCCACGUGAACGUCAGCUGGUGUUUUGUCUGCUCGAAAGGGGGGAGCCUGUUGUGUUGUGAGUCUUGUCCUGCUGCGUUCCAUCCCGACUGUUUAAACAUUGAAAUGCCGGACGGAAGCUGGUUUUGCAACGACUGCAAAGCAGGGAAGAAAAUCCAUUUCCAAGAUAUUAUUUGGGUCAAACUGGGAAAUUACAGGUGGUGGCCGGCCGAAGUCUGCCAUCCCAAAAACGUCCCCCCAAACAUCCAGAAGAUGAAGCACGAGAUUGGAGAGUUCCCCGUCUUCUUCUUUGGCUCCAAGGACUACUACUGGACCCACCAGGCUCGAGUCUUCCCCUACAUGGAAGGGGACCGGGGAAGUCGAUACCAGGCCAUUAAAGGGAUCGGAAAAGUCUUCAAAAAUGCUUUGCAAGACGCGGAAACCCGCUUCCGAGAGAUAAAAUUUCAACGGGAAGCCAAGGAAACGCAAGAAAAUGAACGCAAACCUCCCCCUUACAAGCAUAUCAAGGUCAACAAGCCCUUCGGGAGGGUCCAGAUCUACACGGCGGACAUUUCGGAGAUCCCCAAGUGCAACUGCAAACCCUCCGAUGAAAACCCCUGCGGUCUCGACUCCGAGUGCCUCAACCGGAUGCUGAUGUACGAGUGCCACCCGCAGGUCUGCCCGGCCGGGGAGCGCUGCCAGAACCAGUGCUUCACCAAGCGCCAGUACCCCGAGACCAAGACCAUCCGCACGGAGGGCAAAGGCUGGGGCUUGGUCGCCAAGAGGGACAUCAAAAAGGGUGAGUUCGUGAACGAGUAUGUUGGGGAGGUGAUUGACGAAGGAGAAUGCAUGGCGAGAAUCAAAUAUGCUCAUGAAAACGACAUCACGCACUUUUACAUGCUCACCAUCGAUAAGGACCGCAUCAUCGACGCUGGGCCAAAAGGGAACUAUUCUCGCUUUAUGAAUCACAGCUGCCAGCCCAACUGCGAGACCCUGAAAUGGACGGUGCAUGGAGACACACGCGUGGGCCUCUUCGCCGUCUGCGACAUUCCUACAGGGACAGAACUGACCUUCAACUACAACCUUGACUGCCUCGGCAAUGAAAAGACGGCGUGUAAAUGUGGUGCUCCGAACUGCAGCGGCUUCCUGGGAGACAGACCAAAGAAUUCAUCCUCCAACGCCUCGGAAGAGAAAGGAAAGAAGGCCAAAAGAAGAGCAAGAAGGCGUAAAACGAAAAGUGAAGCCAGGAAGAAAACGGAGGAUUACUGUUUCCGCUGUGGGGACGGAGGGCAGCUGGUCCUGUGUGACCGCAAGUCUUGCACCAAGGCCUAUCACCUCUCCUGCCUUGAUUUGGUAAAGCGGCCUUUCGGCAAAUGGGAAUGCCCCUGGCACCACUGCGACGUCUGUGGCAAGCCCUCAGUUUCCUUCUGCCACUUCUGUCCCAAUUCCUUCUGCAAGGACCACCAGGAGGAGGCGGAACUGGAGUGCAACUGGAGCGGACAGUUGUUUUGCCCCGACCACAGCGGGGAGAAUUUUGCGGAGAAGAAAGCCAGGCGGCCUCCUAGGAAACUUGCUUCCCUCAAAUGCAAACGGCAAAGGAACAAGUGGAAGAAGCGGACAUAAUGUUGAGAGGAAACAACUCUCCCCACCAGUCCCGCUUGCCCAAGGUUGUCUUGUAAAUAAGUUGUGAAUAGGGUCAGGGAAGGACACAUUUUCACACGUCUUGCGCAAGAACCGGGGCUGGGAAGGGG